AUGGCGGACAGCGAGCUUGCGCCCAAGUUCGCCCCAUUCUUCGGAAUGUUCUGCAACCACCAUUCAUCCACCGUCCUCUCCCCAGACAACGGACAAACACUCGAGAAAACCAGCGCUGACGAAAUCUCAAAGAUGAUCUUUGGAUCAAUAGGAGCCGCAUACGGAACCGCGAAAGCAGGCAUCGGCAUCGCGGGAGUCGGAACCUUUCGACCAGAUCUCAUGAUGAAGUCUUUAAUUCCCGUGGUCAUGGCGGGUAUCAUUGCCGUCUACGGCCUGGUCGUCGCAGUGCUUAUUGCGGGUGACCUGGCUCCUCCGCCGCAGAAGACAUAUAGCCUGUUCUCCGGCGCCAUGCACCUCGCAGCAGGGCUAUCCGUUGGUCUAGCGGGACUCUCGGCCGGAUAUACCAUUGGCUUAGUUGGUGAUAUGGGCGUGCGAUCAUACAUGCAGCAGUCGCGGGUUUUCGUCGGGAUGGUGUUGAUAUUGAUUUUUGGUGAAGUAUUGGGUCUCUACGGGUAUGGCUCUCCUCGCCGUCCGACUCCCUCUUCUCAUACAGGCAGUCCCCUCCUUUUUAAACGAGACGGCAUGGAUGCAAACUGA